UAAUACAUUUGUACUCAAUUUUAAUAUACCCCACCUAACCCAAUCCGGCAAAUUUUUGUUUUUGCUCUUUUAUCGCGUUCCGAUAAGACUCCCGUCGUUCUUUUCCAUCUCAACAACUACAAAGCACACAUCGAUCACACACUUUAGCAUGUACAAGCUCCUGGUUCUCGUAGGAGCUCUAGCUUCUGCCUACGGUUUUCUCCUCUCUUCUAAAGCCUCAAAUUGCACCGAUAACGAUUUUUUCUGCCAAAAUUUCGAAUGCGUCCCUUCGAAAAUGCAAUGUGACGGUAAUCCCGAUUGCAGCGAUGGUUCCGAUGAGCAUGAUUGCGAUAUGUUUCACUGUGCUUCGCCGGAUUUUUUUCGCUGCAAAAACUCGCGAUGUAUCAGUUCUGCGUUCGUGUGCGACUUGGAAAACGACUGCGAUGACUUUUCCGAUGAGGAAAAUUGUGAAGAGUUUAAAAAAAAGCUUGAGAAGAACUCCACGUGUACAAGGGACCAAUGGCAAUGUACUGAUAAGUUGUGUAUUCCACUGGAAUGGGUGUGCAAUGGGGAACCUGAUUGCUUGGAUGGGUCAGAUGAAGCGCUGGGUUGUAGCCAUACCAUGGAAUGCAAUGAUGGUUUCAAGUGCAAGAACGGACAUUGCAUUUUUAAGGAAUGGAGGUGUGAUGGACAAGAUGAUUGCAGAGAUAACAGCGAUGAAGAAGAUUGCGAAAGUCAUUUUGAACUUAAAGAAUGUACUUUGGAAAACCAGAGAUUUCUCUGUUCUGAUACUAAAACUUGUAUCAAAUUGAGUGAAGUGUGCGACGAGGUGAACCACUGUCCUGAUAAAUCCGAUGAAGGGUUUUCCUGCAAGAAAACCUGCGAAAAUUGUUCGCACAACUGCGUCCAGCUACCAACAGGGCCUAAAUGCUUGUGUCCUAAAGGGUACCGCAACAUUGAUGAGAAACACUGUCAAGACAUCAACGAGUGCGAAAUAUACGGAAUUUGUGACCAGAAAUGUAAAAACACACCAGGCUCGUUUGAGUGUUAUUGUGAGGACAAUUACAACCUCCAGGAGGAUAAAAAAAGUUGCAAGGCUCAUUUUGGCGAAGCUUUGAUGUUUUUCAGUUCAAAAGACCAAAUCCGGGCUUAUUUGUUGCGUUCCGAGUUGUAUUUUCCAGUAGCUAAAAAUCUGAAUCAAGUGGUUGGAGUUGAUUUUGAUGGAUUGUAUGUCUACUGGACUGAUAUUUUAUCGGAACAUGAGAGUAUAGUCAGGUCGUUGAAAGACGGGGAACAGAAAGAGUUGUUGGUAACUGCCGGUUUGGGUGCCCCUGAAGACCUCCACGUAGACUACAUUACCAGAAAUAUCUACUUCACUGAUGCGGAGCGUCAACAUAUCGGAGUUUGUACCAACGAUGGGUCGUACUGUACCGUUCUAGUGACCAAAGAUGUGCAAAAACCUAGAGCUAUUGUCCUCAAUUCAUUAGAAGGGGAAAUGUACUGGACGGAUUGGGGUCACAAGCCCCAUAUCGCCCGCGCCCUCAUGGAUGGUACCAAUGGUAGUUCGUUCAUCUCAAGUGAUAUCCAUUGGCCCAAUGGUCUAACCAUCGAUUAUCCAAACUCUCGUCUCUACUGGACUGAUGCCAAACUCAUGACCCUUGAAAGCAUACGACUUGAUGGUACUGACCGCAGGAUUGUCCUCAAUGAAAUCGUUAAACACCCAUACGCCAUCGCUGUUUUCGAAAACCGUCUGUAUUGGUCAGAUUGGUCCACUCACUCCAUCCAAUCGUGCGAUAAAUUCACCGGAAAGAACCACCAUACCAUAAUCAAGGAACAGAAGGAGUAUAUUUAUGGCAUCACCAUCUAUCAUCCUAACAACCAUAAGACACCACAUUUGAACCCAUGUGUACACAAACCUUGCAGCGAUAUUUGUCUACUGAGUGGCCCCCAGGGUUUCACUUGUGCUUGUCCCCAAAACAAGGAACUAAGCUCAAAUGGAUUCACGUGUAGAGAUUUGGAAAAGAAACAAAAAUUAGUACUUGGAGCCGGAAACCUUCUAAUAGAAGUUGAACAUCAGGUUUUGGGUCGACAUGAAGUCAAUGCUAUGCCGAUAACGGUCAAAAAAAUGGGAGCAUUGACUUACAGCAGUGUGGAAAAUGUCAUCUACGUUAGCGAUUUGGAAUUAAGAAAAAUUAUAAGUGUUAAUCUGCACACAGAAAUGGCCAAACCAAUCGAUGUUGGAAGUCUGGGUCAUGUUACAGCUAUGGAUUACGAUUAUCUGGGGAAUAACCUGUACUGGUGCGACUCUCUACGUGAUACCAUCGAAGUCUACAAUUUUAACACCAACUCCCGGAAAAUUUUGCUACACGAUACGAAUGGCGAAACUCCCGAAUCUAUUGCUCUAGUGCCUGAAGAAGGGAUCAUGUUUGUAGCUUUUCGAAGAUUUGGGCAACGAGAUGGUCACGUGGAUAGGUUUCUUAUGGAUGGUACGAGCAGAACCCAUCCCAUUGAAAAUGGACUUCUUGGCCCCAUAUCUCUUUAUUACGAUAGUGACAUUCAUCGUAUCCUCAUUGCCGAUUCUGGUACCCGAAAUAUUGAAAGUACGAGUGUUGAAGGUGAUGACAGACAUGGAUUCCGAUCACUUCAAACCAACCCAAUUGGGAUAACUUCACUUAAAUCAGAGGUUUUCUGGGUUAACCGCAAUUCGAAGGAGUUGUAUUGGGCCGAUAAAUACAACAGUGGGGAUGAUGAUUACAACAAAAAAAUCACUUUAGAUCUCCCCGAUGAUAUUGAUCGAAUGUAUUUAGUAUCAGUCACUCCUCGUAAAAUUGGGUUAAGUCCAUGUCAGCGAAGCAACGGAGGUUGUUCACACUUAUGUCUCCAGUCGCACAAGACAAUAGUUUGUGCUUGCCCAGUCGAUAUGAGUCUUGAUUCCACCAACAAAACUUGCAUCAAACGAAUUGAUUGUACUUCGCAUGAGUUUUUCUGUAGUGGUUCCAACAGUUGCAUCUUCAAGAAAUUCAGAUGCGAUGGUGAAAGGAAUUGUCCAAAUGGAGAAGACGAAACCGAUUGCAAGGAAUUAAAUCAUUGUCCUUGGAACAACUUCCAGUGCCAUGACGGGGAGUGUAUUGAUGAGAGAUUCAAAUGCGAUUACAAAUUUGACUGCAGGGAUAAAUCAGAUGAACGCAACUGUAGCAUUGAUGCGAAAAAAUGCCCUCCUGGACAUUUCAUGUGCAAAAGUGGGCAAUGUAUCAAUGAACGCCUCGUCUGCGAUGGUGUUAAAGACUGUCUCGAGGAGGAAGACGAAGCUAAUUGUGUCUCAACAGUGUGCAAAGACUACGAAUUCAGAUGUCAAUCAGGUGCUUGCAUCCCGAAAAACUGGGAAUGCGACCAUGACUACGACUGUCCAGACUUUUCCGAUGAACAUUCCGGUUGUGCUUCUUGUGACGCCUCUACUUUCACUUGCAACAAUGGCAAAUGUAUCGACAAAAGCUUCGUCUGCGACAAGGAAAAUGAUUGUAGUGACAACUCGGAUGAACUUUCAUGCGUCAUGGAAAAUUCCUGCGAUUUGAGCGAAUUUUCCUGCUCUUUGCACACCCACAUUUGUCUUCCGGACUCAGCGCGUUGUAAUGGAACGUCCGAAUGCCCACACCAUGAAGACGAACAAAACUGUUCCAAUUGUCAAGUCGAUGAAUUUUCCUGCAAUAACACAAAGUGUAUCCCGAGGGAAUGGAUUUGUGACCAUUCGGAUGAUUGUGGCGACGGUUCAGAUGAAGUCCCUUCGUUGUGUAACCACACAAUUCCGGAACAUGCCACGAAUUUUUCUUGUAUUGAUCGCUUCCGGUGCAGGAAUGGGAAUUGUAUCGAUUUCUCCUUGGUGUGUAAUAAGGAACCUAAUUGUUACGACGGAUCGGAUGAAGAAGGGCUUUGUAACACAUCUUGUAGCGCUCUGAAUAACCCUUGCUCACAAAUUUGUGUCAAAACACCAACAGGACCCACCUGUAAAUGUCAAGGAGGAUACCAGCUCCGAGGAGAUGGUCAUACCUGUGAAGAUAUCAAUGAGUGUGCGGAGCAUCCCCCGGUUUGCAGCCAAAUUUGCCACAACUCGGAAGGAUCAUACUCGUGUGAUUGUUACGAAGGAUUUGCUCUAAGAACAGAUAGGACAAGCUGUAAGGCCAAAGGCACGGCAAUGUCACUCAUUUUUUCGUCGAAUAAUCAAAUUCGAGAAAUAUCACAACUAGAAAAUUCCCUCAAGAUGCUUUACUCGGAGGAAACUCCCAGAAUUACAAGUCUAGAUGUAGGGCUCACGUCUGGAGCCAUUUAUUUCACAGUUGAGAAUUCAAAUGCUAUACUUAAAAUAAACAAAGGUGAUACGAAACGAGAGUACUUGGAAAAUGUGGGGCAACCAUGCAAAAUCACUCUUGAUUGGAGGACAAACAACAUAUACUACUUUAAUAACGCCCCGACGACCAAAUCAAUCGGACUUUGCAAUUUUAAUGAUAAAACGUGUGCAAAUCUCAUCCCAGUUGACACUCACAGACAGGUCUCAGCCUUAGUUGUGGACCCUAUCAACAACGUCCUCUUCUAUUCUCUUGUCAGUUGGUGGAUUUUCAAUUCCCCAAGUUACAUCGUCUACAAGACAAACCUUGACGGAACAGGAGGCCAAGAACUGAUCAAAACCUCUCCCGGUUACAUCACAGGACUUUCCUACGAUUUAUACAAGAAAGAACUCUAUUUCAUCAGCCAACAUCAACUGAGCAAAAUCAAAUACGACGGUAGUGAUAGAACCGUUCUGUUGUCAAACUUGACCCAAUCAGUUGGUUUAAAUUUCUUCGAGAAUCAUUUGUACUUCAAAAGUGGCAAUUUCAUGCAAAAGUGUCGUUUGUACUCGCCGAUUACUUGUGAAACAUUCGGUCUGAAAGGUGACGUAUUUGCUAUCGCCCAAGAGUCACGACAGCCGGAGUUUGGGAAUAAUCCAUGUCAAAAUCAUACUUGUAACCAGCUUUGUAUCCCUGCAAAGCCACAGUAUCGGUGUUUGUGCGAAAAUGGCAAAUUUGUAGAACCAGAGGAGGAUUGCGACACUUUGAUGAGGGAAGCAAAUGAUGAUGGAAGAAGAGUAAAAGCUCUCCAUUACGUAAAUAAUUACGCAAGUUCAAAUUUGGGGCCUGUGAUUGCCGGUGUGAUGAUUUCCAUCUGUUUGGUCACUUUUGGUGCUGUUCUUUACUAUUUGAUAAAAAGACGCAACAGUGGAACCUUUAACGUGAUUAGCAUGAAGUUUCAUAAUCCGGGCUAUGGUUUGCACACAGAUGAAUUCGAUAGGUCGAUUCUUAAACCCGGACAACAUGAAUAUGAAAAUCCGGUUGAAUUUUACGGUUCUGAAAAUGAUAACCACACCAAUAUCCAAGUUAACGUUUAAUGUGUUAGUGAUUAUUUUAAUGAUGUUUUAUACUAAAUUGUUGUAUCGUUGUUAGUCGCAGUCGUUUUAUUUAUCUUAUUAAUUUAUAUUUAUAGUAAAAUAUUAAAUUUUAUGAAUGGUU